AUUUCAGUACCAAAAGCGGUAACCCUGAUCUACACUCGGGCUUACCAUGCAGUGCUGCAUAGGGAGUCCCUGCAGCACUUACCUUGUCCUUUGCUCCCGUGAUGCGUCCCCUGCAGCGUCCCCGGCCAUCUCCUCCGGCAGAUGCUGGCAUCCAGCUUCUGUGUUCCGGUCCCUGUGACGUCGGGACGUACGGGCGCCGCUGGCGGCGGGAAAUUUGAAAAUUUUAAAAAAAUGUCAUUUUUUUCAAAACGAUUUUACAUAUGCUCUGUCCUGUCCCCUGCCUGCAUUUUGAAUGUUCUUUCU